CGUCUCCAAAUCUCAUAAAAAAAAUGGCACUCAAGUUGUAUGGCAUUGCCAUGUCCACUUGCACUUCGCGUGUGAUGACCUGUUUGCAUGAGAAGAAAGUAGAUUUUGAGCUUGUUCCUGUCAACCUUUUCGCUGGUGAACACAAGCAGCCCCCAUUCCUAGCCAAGAACCCCUUUGGCCUGAUUCCAGUGCUAGAAGACGGCGAUCUCACUCUUUUUGAAUCUAGAGCAAUCUCAGCAUAUGUGGCUGAAAAGUUCACGGAAACUGGCUAUGAUCUGAUUAGGUACCAAAACCUGAAAGAAGCUGCUCAGGUCAGAGUGUGGAUGGAGGUUGAAUCCCAGCAAUACCAUCCUGCAAUUUCUCCAAUUGUCUUCCAGUUCUUUGUGGCACCUCUCCAGGGCAAAACCCCCGAUCAAGCAAUCAUAGAUGAAAACUUGGUGAAGCUGGGCAAAGUGCUUGAUAUAUAUCAGGAUAAGCUGAGCCACACCAAGUACCUUGCUGGAGAUUUUUACAGCUUAGCCGAUUUGUUCCACCUGCCUUACACUUACUAUUUCAUGAAGACUCCUUGUGCAAAUCUGAUAAAUGACCGUCCACACGUUAAGGCUUGGUGGGAGGAUAUUUCUUCAAGGCCUGCUUUCCAGAAAGUGGCUUCAGCUAUGACUUUCGGCGAGAAAGGAAACUGAUAUGAAAGGAUUACAAUUUUUAUGAAUUUAAAGAACUUUUUUGGCAUUGUUGGAGUUGGUUUUUCCGCUUUAUUUUAAUGGAAUUAUAAUAAUUUGAAAGUGUGAUGCUUGUUCUUUCUUUUCUCUUUUUCCCUUCUAUGAUUA